CGAGGGUGCGCGCCCGCUCGCUUCACAGCAUAGCGGGGAGAAAGGAGCACGGCGAGAGUCGGCUAGAGAGAGCGCGAGCGAACGAGACGGGGAGCGAGUCGUCCGCCGAAUGUCUGCCUCCUGGAGCCGCCGAUGAGUCCGCCUCGCCUUCCUCAGCAAACCGCUUGACAACGCUCAAGGCCAGCCCGGGUCCACGGCGUCCGCGCACGUCCCGAUCCACGGGUCCCACCAGCCUCGGGGUUGGGGUGGGGAGGGCUGCGCGUUUUUUCAGGAGCACCUGACCUUUACCGUGGAAGAGCGACUUCUACCGGACCAUGGCGCAGACCAAUAGCUGCGGACAGGGGACCAACGGGGUCACGGACGAGUCCCCCAACAUGAUCGUUUACAGAAAGAUGGAGGAAGUCAUAGCGCGCAUGCAGGCUGAGAAAAACGGCAUCCCCAUCCGAACAGUCAAAAGUUUCCUCACCAAGAUCCCGAGCGUUUUUUCAGGUUCUGAUAUUGUUCAGUGGAUGAUCAAGAAUCUAGACAUCGAGGACCAAGUUGAGGCACUUCACCUCGGAACGCUGAUGGCGGCGCAUGGUUACUUCUUUCCCAUCUCAGACCAUGUCCUCACCCUCAAAGAUGACGGCACUUUCUACAGGUUUCAGACUCCUUACUUUUGGCCAUCAAACUGCUGGGAGCCAGAAAAUACAGACUACGCUGUUUACCUCUGCAAACGAACAAUGCAAAACAAAGCGCGUCUGGAGCUUGCAGACUACGAGGCGGAGAGCUUAGCAAGACUACAGCGAGCUUUCGCCAGGAAAUGGGAAUUCAUUUUUAUGCAAGCAGAAGCACAAGCAAAAGUGGAUAAGAAAAGGGACAAAAUUGAGAGGAAAAUUCUCGAUAGUCAGGAAAGAGCCUUCUGGGACGUGCAUAGACCGGUGCCCGGAUGUGUGAAUACCACAGAGGUCGACAUUAAGAAGUCCUCCAGAAUGAAAAAUCCACACAAAACCCGAAAGUCCGUGUAUGGCCUGCAGAACGACAUCCGCGCACACAGCCCCACCCACACCCCAGCGCCGGAGGCCAAGCAGCCGACAGAAGAGGAGCUGCAGGAGCAGAUCACAUUUUGGCAAUUGCAAUUAGAUCGGCAUCGACUGAAAAUGUCCAAAGUGGCGGAGAGUUUGUUGGGCUACACGGAGCAGUACAUAGAAUACGACCCCUUCCUCACACCCCCGGACACCUCCAACCCCUGGAUCUCAGAUGAUACCACAAUGUGGGAGCUGGAAGCCAGUAAGGAGCCCGGCCAGCAGAGGGUGAAGCGGUGGGCUUUCGGCAUCGACGAGGUUCUCAAAGACCCCGUGGGGAGGGAACAGUUCCUCAAGUUCCUCGAGUCUGAAUUCAGCUCGGAGAAUCUAAGGUUCUGGCUAGCAGUCCAGGAACUAAAGAAACGCCCUAUCCGAGAAGUCCCGACCCGGGUUCAAGAGAUCUGGCAGGAGUUUCUGGCUCCAGGCGCACCCAGCGCCAUCAACGUGGACUCAAAGAGCUAUGACAAAACCACUCAGAAUGUCAAAGACCCGGGACGCUAUGCCUUUGAAGACGCACAGGAACACAUCUACAAGCUGAUGAAGAGUGAUUCCUACAGCCGCUUCAUUCGCUCCAGUGCCUACCAGGAGUUAUUGCAGGCCAAGAAGAAGAAGAGCAAGAACCUCUUCUGAAAACUGUUCUUUCCAGCUUUCACACUUUUGUGUCACUUUCCACCGCAGGAGAGGCCAGCCAGGAUCCAAGCGACGGACUAGUCGUGUGCCAUCAUGCUAAAAAAAAAGAAAAGAAAAUCAAUGCCAUCUUUCUCUCUCUCUGGGACAUGGAGAGCAGCCAUGUCAUCUCUCCAUCAUCAUCAUCCUCCUCAUCGUCAUUGACGAGGGAGCCAGGCCCGAUCUGUUUGUUUGUCGUCCACCAGCCGUUGCACGUCCACUGAGAGCGGGAUGUUCCUUCCGCUCUCUCCUCUUACGGUCACUUGACAUUAGUAAAGAAAAAAGACAAACAAGAGGCAUCGUGAGACUUGAGAUGAAGGACAAACCUGGUGAGAUGAGAAAAAAAAAAGGCCAAAUCUUUUUUUUUUCUUCAGUAGUCACUGCUGGAUCGGAAGAUGUCUUUCACUUCCGGCGAAAACAACAAAUGAUGUCAGAGAGAGAGAAGGAAAAAGAAAAAAAAACACACACACACAUAGAAAACAAAUAAGCUUCUAACGAUCAAUCUUAGCCAGUGUCAUUGUUCGACAUGAUGAUGAUGAUGAGGUCAGACAGACUUUGUCACACUAUGGGAAAGUGUUGUGGAGAAUGAAUAUACAAUAUAGAUAUAUAUAUACACACACACACACACCUAUAUUACGAUGAUUGUUUAGUGUGCAUUAAUUUAUUUUCUUUUGCUUUGCAUUAGUUUACCGCACUCCAAUAAUUGGUUUCCACUGCACCUGUAAAAAACGAGAGGAUACUUACUGUCUGCUGUCUUAUAUUACAACAUAAUUGUUUUUUUUCCUCUCUGCAUUUAUUUUUAUACCAUAUUUAAAGACACUUUGACUUACUUGUAUGAUUAAAGUCGGCCCUCUGUCUGUU